AUGCCGCCGCUGUCGCCGCCGGCGGAGCCGUAUCCUGAGCCAGGCAGAGCAGAGUCCAAAAGCGAGCGGAGAACCAAAGUAAGUGCUUUAUUUCCCUCUGAACCGCAAAACCUCUUUCCCCCAUGUCACAGGGUAACAAGGGAAGGGAGCGAGGGAGGAAGGGGGGGGGAGCAGAGGCACCGGCAGCCAGCCCCGCACUCUCUCGUCGGGCCACCGCCACAAACGCAGCCUGCGGCUUACGGCAGCUUUCGAGGGAGGAAAGCAAGCGGUCACCCAAAGUCGGUGCUAAAUCGGUUUAUUGAAAGAAGUUUUUCAACAGGUUUCUGGAGGUGCCAGACCUGCAGAACAAACGUCGGCUUCCCCGGGAAACCGUUCACGUCUUUAAUCACUGAAACCCCCAUCGUGGCCACUAGAGCUGGGAACAACGGUUCGGCUCUGGGGGGGGAGAGAGAAGAGGGAACCGGUGGGUCUCACUCCCCCUUGAGCAUUCCCUAUAGCCUGUCCCACCCCUUCGGCAGCCGUGGGCCAAAUCCUGCGAGUUUUCCUCACGUGAGUAGCGGCGGGAGGGAGGGAGGAGGGGGUGCUGGAGCCUGGCCCAGGAAAUGCCGGACCAGCACGGGGCUUCCUUUAAACAUGGCUCAGCAUAGGGAAAAGGACAAGACGAGCAGAUGUAGUUUGGUCAAGGGGAUUAGGUUGCCGGGGAGGGCCAGGGUGCGUGUGUAUGGGCGUCCACUGGCAUCCCCCACACCUCUUCCUCUCCUGGGAUGGUGGAGGAGCGUCCCUCACUGCCUCAGAGGUAAGGAAGGGCAGGCAGCCUGCCUGCACUUUCCAAGGAGAGCAGGAGCUCAAGGCAUUCCCAGGGGGACCAGUAGCCUAAAGAAAGCAGAUGAUAUAUCAAUAAAAGCUACUUCUCCUCCCUCAGUCCUACAGAAAAUUCACGACAAUGCUCCUCUCCCCCUUUUGGCUCGGCAGGGAAAUCCCGGCACUGCCUAG